UCUUGUUUGCGUACCGAAUCGGACAACAAGUUGUCCUUGGCACUUGCUGUUUGACGCGUCUUCUGUCACCAUAAAAUAGUCAUUUGAGGUCAUAUUUCGAUUUAUUGAUUUUGCAUGGUAAGCCGUCUAGAGGUCUCAAACUUCCAUCGAUGAAAGUUGAUGCAAAGAACAAUGGCAAAAGAUGUAAACAAUACCAGUCCAAAUGGACAAACCAGACGCAGGAAAGGUAGUGAAAAGAAGGAAGAAGCAUCUGGCAACACGGACGUAGUAAAGACAGCAAAAGAUUCUGGAGAAGAAACCCCACCAGUAGAGAGAAAGCCUGAUGAUCCGAUUCACUCCGAUCAGAGUUCUCUACUGAGUAACACCAGUGGCUUCAAUAAUUAUCGUGGAUUUCUGAAUCUCUGCAUCGUGCUUUUGGCGAUGUCAAGUGGACGUCUUGUUCUGGAGAACCUGAUAAAAUAUGGUAUUUUGGUGGAUCCAAUUCAGAUGCUUCAGAUCUUCCUGCAGGAUCCAUACAGUUUGCCUAAUGGUACACUCGCUGCCUUGAUAAAUGUGUUUAUUCUGAUCCAGUUUGUGAUAGAGAAGUUAGUUGCAGAGAGUGCGAUCAGUGAUAAAGUAUCUCGAUGGAUGUCAUUUAUAAACAUCGCCACCUUGAUCAUAUUCCCAGUAGUCGUCAUCACUAUCAUCAAACCAAUGCCUUUUGGAGCGAUUUGUGUAAGCGGGAUGUACACCAUGACAUUUCUGAAGUUGAUUUCCUACACGGCAGUCAACACUUGGUGCAGGAGGGCGCUUCGGGAAGAGAAAUCCGCACGGAAGAGAAGCUUCCGAAAAGAUAAAGGAAGUCAGAAAGGUGCAACGCAGUCUGAAAAGAGCAAGAAGAGCGAUGCAUCUGAAGCUGGUCAUAACGGCUCUUCAGUCCAGGAGCAGAGCGAUCAAGUCAAGUAUCCAGAUAAUCUCAAUCUCAAAGAUCUUUACUACUUCAUGGUUGCUCCAACCCUUUGUUAUGAGCUCAACUUCCCCAGGAGUCCUCGAAUCAGGAAACGAUUCUUGCUCCGUCGUGUCAUUGAACUGCUCUUCUUGGUUCACCUGAGCUUGGGUCUCGUCCAACAAUGGAUUGUUCCAACUGUAAUGAAUGCCAUGAAACCAUUCUCGGAGAUGGAUUUCAAGCGGAUGGUCGAACGGAUUUUGAAACUUGCCGUCCCCAAUCAUUUCAUCUGGCUGAUGUUCUUUUACUUCUUCUUUCACUCUUUCUUGAACAUCUCCGCUGAGUUACUGCGAUUUGCUGAUCGAGAAUUCUACCAGGACUGGUGGAAUUCAGAAUCUGUUGGGUAUUUCUGGAGGAAUUGGAACAUUCCAACAUACAGAUGGUGUCGCAGGCAUGUGUACAAGCCCAUGUUGAGACACGGGUACAGUAAGUUCACUGGACAAACUGUUGUUUUCUUCAUCUCAGCUAUCUUCCAUGAGUAUCUUCUAAGUGUACCUCUUCAUAUGUUCCGCUUAUGGGGCUUCAUGGGAAUGAUUAUGCAGAUACCCCUGGCGAUGUUUGUCAGUGCCUUCUUGAGUGGUUUCACAGCCAAUAUGGCCGUCUGGGUUUCCAUCAUUAUUGGCCAGCCUAUCGCAGUCCUCAUGUACGUUCAUGAUUACUAUAUAGAGAACUACAUCGCUGCAAACACUACAGCCAGUUAAGUAGAAUCAGUGAAUGGUGGGUCAUCUCGCCCCCCCCCCCCCAUGCAAGCCUGCCCAGAGCACUACAUCUCUGCAAACACUACAGCCAGUUAAGUAGAAUCAGUGAAUGCUGGGUCAUCUCGCCCCCCCCCCCCAUGCAAGCCUGCCCAGAGCACUACAUCUCUGCAAACACUACAGCCAGUUAAGUAGAAUCAGUGAAUGCUGGGUCAUCUCGCCCCCCCCCCCCCAUGCAAGCCUGCCCAGAGCACUACAUCUCUGCAAACACUACAGCCAGUUAAGUAGAAUCAGUGAAUGCUG